AUGACCGAACGAAGAUACAAACUGGAUGAGAAUGUGUUAAGGCAACUGGUCUGCGGAAAGAUCUAUGCAGAUAAUAUUGGACGGGUAAACUGUGUUGCCUUCGGAAACGAUGGCUUAAACAUGAUCACUGCUACGGAAGAUGAUUCCAUUCUACUUUUUGAUAUGAAAUCAGGGCAAAAGUCAAGAUCAGUGAAUAGUAAAAAAUACGGAGUAGGCCAUAUUCAGUUUGCUGCAAAUGGUCAAUGCGCCGUACACAGCUCUACAAAAGUUGAUAACACUGUACGCUAUCUUUCCUUAGCAGAUAAUAAAUAUUUAAGAUAUUUUCAAGGACAUACGGAUAAAGUAACGGGAUUGAGUGUUUCUCCAUCAGAUGAUAUGUUUCUCUCCGUUUCUUCAGACAAAUCUAUUCGAUUGUGGGAUUUAAGAACCUACUCGUGCAUGGGAAUCAUGAGUGUACAUCAUACUCCAAUCGCUGCAUUUGAUCCAGAGGGCCUCAUUUUUGCUGCCGGAAUGAACAAUCGUAACAUAAAACUAUAUGAUCUUCGUUCUUUUGAAAAGGGCCCAUUCUCCAGUUUUGAAGUUGAUACUCCCGGUGUAAAUUGCAAUUGGACCCACAUGAAAUUUUCACCAUGCGGAAAAUAUAUUUUGUUAUGUACAAACGGCCAAACAUUAAUGCUCAUCGAUUCAUUUACGGGAGCUUUAAAACAUUGCCUUGAAGGCCAUGUAAACGAAAAGAAUGAGCCACUAGAAGGUUCAUUUUCACCAUGUGCAAAGUACGUUUUUUGUGGCAGUUCCAACAAAAGAAUUUACGUGUGGGAUAUUGAAACAGGAUCACUUGUCCAUUCGUAUGCAGGCAUACACGAUGUCACACCGCAUAUCGUCCAAUUCAGUCCGAAAUACUUGUCAUUCGUCAGCGCCGGAAACAAAAUAUUGUAUGCUGAAAGUGAUCACGCCGUCACCGGCAUGGAUUUCAGUUACAAUGGUCUUACCUCAGUAGUGACAACCGACGAUGAUUCAAUUAAUACCUUUGAUAUGACUCACGCAACAAAACAGAAAAAUGUAAACAGCAAAAAGUAUGGAGUCGCUAAUAUUCAGUUCAUAAUCAAUAACACAUGUGCAGUACACAGUUCUACUAAAAUUGAUAAUAAAAUACGGUAUCUGUCACUCUCCGACAACAAAUAUGUGCGAUAUUGCGAAGGUCACACUGAGUUUGUCACGUCAUUGACAACCUCUCCGAGUGAUGAAAUGUUUGUGUCAAUUUCCGACGAUAAAACCCUAAGACUUUGGGAUCUUCGAGUUAAUCCAUCAGUGGGAAUGAUAUCUGUUGAAAAGAACACUAUUGCCGCCUACGACCCAGAAGGACUAAUUUUUGCGACUGCCGCGGAGAGCAAUAGAAUAAAUUUAUACGAUUUACGGUCUUUCGAAAAAGGUCCAUUCUCAACGUUUAACUCCUCACAAACUAUGAAGGCUUCGGAAUGGACGCAUGUUAAAUUUUCGCCAUGCGGAAAAUAUAUUUUGGUGUGUACGAACGGGCCUGUACUUUACCUUCUCGAUGCCUUCACAGGUGUAUUAAAACGUACUUUGAGGGGCCACGAAAAUUCAACGAAUAUCCCACUAAAAGGCUCGUUUUCACCAGACGGUAAAUAUAUUAUUUGCGGGAGCACAAAUCGACGCAUUUAUGUCUGGGAAACCUCAUCAGGAUUAUUAGUUCAUACUUUCCACACGUAUCAUCACACACCACCUCAUACUGUUCUCUUCAGUCCAAAGUUUUUCGCGUUUAUGAGUGCCAGCGACAAAGUUGGAUUAAUUCAAACGGCAUAUUCACCUCUGGCGAGUUACGAUCCAGAGGGUAUAGUUUUAGCUGUUACCAAUAAUGACGAAUCCAUUCGCCUAUAUGAUAUUCGUUCAUUUGAUCACGGACCAUUCAUAAGUCAUAAACUCCCCAAAGACGAAUCAAUGAACUGGACAAAAAUUGCAUUUUCUCCAAACGGAAAAAAUAUCAUCGUUUGUACUGACUCCAAUGUGAUUAAGGUUGUCGACGCUUUUAAAGGACAUGAGAAAUUUGUGCUCAAUUGUCAUCAAAAUUCGAAUGUAAAAGAUGCCACUCUCAGCAGCAAUUACACCCGAUUCACUAUUUUUGUUGAUUGGAAGCUCCGAUUUAUUGAUAUAUGUCUAUUCAUUGGAAAAUGGAGCACUUUCUCAUACGAUGAGAACGUCUCAUAA